AUGAAUUCUACUCUAAACAUUAAUGGGACCCUUUCAUCCGAUGAUGGAUUUUAUAUCAUUUAUUUAACUGACCUAAGCAACAAGAAUUACCUGAUGCUGGUAUUGGCUAUCAUCUACCUGAUCACUUUGCUGUUUAAUCUAGUCCUGCUGGCUGUGGUCCUCAUGAACUCCAGUUUGCAGAACCCCAAGUUCCUUGCAGUCUGUAACCUUGCUGUCAUUGACAUCUCGAUGAGCAGUGUUAUCAUUCCACAGAUGAUUUUUGUGUUUGUAUUUAACUUGAAUUAUGUCACAUUUGGAUCAUGCUUCUCCCGGAUGUUCUUUAUGCACUUUUUUGGUGACAUGGAGUCAUUUUCACUUGCUCUGUUAGCAUACGAUCGUCUUGUUGCUAUCUGCCUUCCUUUACGCUAUCCCACCAUCAACACCAAUCGAAGGAUGAUGCUAAUCAUAGCUGGCCUUUGGUUUUUGGUAUUUUUGCUCGAGCUCUUCCCAGUGUUUUAUGCAAGCAGACUUAACUUCUGCACUGCAAGGGUGGUGAGGAGUUGUUGCUGUGAGCACGGCUCAGUUAUUAAUAUAGCGUGUGGUGAUAAAUCUUUUAACAAAAUGCUGGCAACUGUUAAAUCUUUAUUUGUCCUUCUUGGUCCUCUGAUUUUUAUUAUUUGCUCUUAUAUCAUAGUGGUGGUAACAGUUUUACGAAUUGCGUCUGUAGCCCAACGCUGGAAGGCCUUCCACACCUGCCUCACUCAUCUGAUCCUUGUCCUCAUUUAUUAUCUGCCGGUGAUCCUGGCUUACGUACUGAGUAGCUUAAAAGUGAUUCAGUUAGCUGAUAUUUUCACAGCAGUUUUGUCAGUGUCUGUUAAUAUGCCACCCAUGCUAAACCCGAUUAUUUACAGCCUAAAGACUGAGGAGCUACGAGACAAAGUGAUUAAAUUUAUUAUGCCAUCAAAAGUGGCACCACAGGUGAAAUAA